CAGCGAUCGCGUGUAAUGAUCCACCAACUUAGGAUUUGAGUGUAAAUGGUUAUUCCUUACGCCAUAUGUGGCAUUGCGGUACCCAAGGCCAUCAUUGUUCAUGUGGAACAGCAGAGAGUUGACAAUUUUCGAAACCUCUUGAACUAAAUCCUUCAUCGGGAAUAUCUAAAGUCUACGUUCUCUCCUUGACAUUGUUAUAGCACUGGUGCAAGAAAUGAUAGCGAAUUCCAGCCUCGAUGACAAUUCAUCGGAUGCUUUCGGUAACCUCGCACAAGUAAUUACCUCGCCAAAUGAGAGUUUAGAGUUUAAAGUAAUUAAACUUUUCCUUUAUGCCUUGAUCUUCCUUCUAAGCGUCUCUGGGAAUACUCUCGUCUGCAUUGUUAUCAUCAAAAGACGUCGGAUGCGAAGUGUUACUAAUUAUUUCAUACUGAACCUCGCUGUGGCUGACCUGGCCAUAACCUGUGUCUGCAUUCCGUUUGACAUACCAGUUCAGGAAAAUAACUAUAAAUGGAUUUAUGGUUCUCUCAUGUGGAAGCUUUUGUAUCCUCUCCAAACUAUCGCUUCGCUUGUUUCAAUCUUUACCCUGGUGGCGGUGAGUCUCAACCGAUUUUGGGCGAUUGUAUAUCCUCUACGAAGCCAGCUUACCAUACCACGUGCAAAAGCUAUCAUUUCCGCAGUAUGGGUGUUAUCCGCAUUGGUCAAUCUUCCUUAUAUCUUAGUGUUGCGCCUUGACGAGGAUAUAAUGAGCUGCGAGGAAAACUGGCCUGAGCAUUUCGAUUACCGGAGAACUUACACUUUAACACUUUUCCUUGUUCAAUACGUAGCUCCUCUGAUAAUCAUCACUUUCACGUACAUAAAAAUCGCACAUGAGAUGCGCAAAUGUGUCCAGGAAAGGAAUUUGAUAAGUUCUGACCGAGGCCUCGUGGACUCGCGUCAAAAUGAGGCGAGGCGUGUUGUACGUAUGUUGGUUGUAGUCACCAUUCUUUUCGCUGUUUGCGUGCUGCCAAAUAACAUUAUGUGGCUCUGGCUGGAUUUUGGAAACGGAGGAGAAUACGAACAUUUUUGGGAUUUAGUCGCCGUAACCAACAUAAUGCUAUUUGCCAAUAGUGCAGCUAAUCCAAUAGCCUAUACUUUUUGCAACGAAAACUUCAGACAUGAAUUUCGGUUUUACUUACCGUGCUACCGGGAAAUGUUUAAGUCAAUGCUAGAGACAUCCUCACCUCAGACAACGAUUUGCUUGAGUUAUACAAAGGCAUUGGUACAAGCCCAAAGGCAAUCAGCGAAGGCAAAAAAAGUAAACAAGAAACUGCAAGACACUCGAGAAACUGAUGUGUGAUACAACCAACCAAACUAAUAGCACAAACACUUGCGUUUCAUGGUCGAUUUCACUGUAUAUAACGGUCAAUUCAAUUCAAUCAAAUUUUACGGGGGAAGGGGGGGCAAGGAGGUCUUGCGCUCGGAAACCAUGUAAUCUUUAUCGCGGCGAUUAAGAAGCGUGUGUUUCAAUGAAAUACUUGGUGCAUUGUAAGGAGACUAUCAUAGCCUUUAGAAAAUUGUCUCGAAAUAUAUUCAAUGUACUCCUGAAGUAGACAUGUGCAGCUUCAAGAGAAAUUAAGAAAUAGGUUACUCUUUGGCUUGAGCUAACCACCCCCCGGUUAGCUGAAUUGGUUAGAGCGCCAGAUUGUGUUGUUCGGAAGGUCAAGGGUUCGAGCCCUGGCCGGACCAAUACUCAUGGUUUUAAAAUAACUGAGGAGAAUUCGCUACCUUUCCGAUAGUUUAAAAAUAUAAUAGAUAUUCUAGUCUUCUCGGAUAAGGACGAAUAAACGGUAGGCCCCGUCUCCUGCAGGGUUAGGGGUAGGAGCCGUUAAUUUCCCACGCACGAAAUUACACUUUAACAGGGCCCCAUUCAAACUAGCUAGCUAUCUGCUAAACUGGGCUACCCUGUGUAAAUAUUCGUAAAUACACACAUACAUAGGCUAAAAACUCAGGGGAUAAAGAAACACAUUAGACAACAACAGCAACAACAAGCGCUCAAAAAAGCAAACAUACAUUAAGCGAAGAGCUCGAGAGCACCUUUCCCACCGUCUGCUCAAAAAAGAAGGAAAAGGGAGACAUCUGUGAAUUAGAAACAUCCGGACCGAUUACUUCAGUGGAAGUAAGUAGCAUUACGUCACAGAUCCGUAAUUAGACAAGUAAUAAGUCCAUCCUGAGCUUGUCUAAGUCAGUUGUGACGAGAAAAAGACAUUUAAAUGAUAGAUGAAAAUGUAACAAAUAUAAUUAAAAUACAAAGUCGUGCAAAUAUAGAUGAUAUUAGUGCAAUCCUUGAAAUUU